GAAGACUUUGGUCUAUUUUAAGACAGGGCAUCCACCUGUGACCUGCGUGAUAAUUGCUGGGUAGAAUGCAUAAUAAGUGAUAUCACUUUUUUUAUUCAGUCAUCAUUUCCAAGGCGUGCUUAUCUCGUCGAUAGAGACAUGCGCUGUGUACUUUUCAUUGUUUUGUGCGGCUUUUACGCCGGUAUUGACUGCUUACCAAACACUGGAAGUGUCGACAACAUAAUGGAUGAGAAAUAUCUAGAUAUUAUCAGGGAGAUCGCAGAAGCCGUAGAAGAAAGUGAAAGGCAAAACGACCCACCGAACAUUGAUUCUAACCACGAAACAUUCUCAAGAGGACGUGAUGAAAGUAAACACGCGAAAGCAAUUCAACAAAACACAAACGACCCUCCGUAUACCGACACCGAGAAGAGCUACCUUGAAGUCGCUAGAGAAGUUGCUGACGCAUACAUGAUAGAAAAGAAGGAAGCAGAAGAGUCCGACGUAGCAGGCUCUGGCUCAGCUGUAGCUGCACUACGUAGCUUCAAUCGUCCAAGCGCAAGAAUUAGACAGCUUUUAGAUGAACAGGCUAGAGAAGAGGCAGAAUUAGAGACCUUAAGUUUACUAGUUGCUGGUGAAGACUCAGAUUUGCUAAGAGAAGUCAACGUUCGAUUGACUGCAGGAAGUGCAAAGGACGAUCCGUCGUGCGGUAUUACUAUUGACUGCAGUAAGGCGGACAAUAGAACUUUUGUAGACAACAUUGAGUUUAGAACCAUAGAUGGCAUAUGCAAUAAUCGGAACAAUUAUACAUGGGGAAUGACAUAUGUUCAACACCGGAGAUUAUUACCAGAUACCUAUCACAAUGGAAAAUGGCAUUUACGUCAAUUAAGCGUUACUAGUACGAGACGCCCACGUAAUGACGUACGUUUACCGUCUGCACGUAACAUCAGCAAUGUCGUCCACAGCAGUACGACUCAACCAAAGCCGGACAACGACGAUAACAUUUCCCUUGCUAUAUUUUAUUUCAUGCAGUUUAUAGAUCACGAUUUGGCAAAAACUCCCGAAGGUCACGUGUCUUCAAAAAGAGAUUGUUGCAAGGAAAACGUAGACAGGCCAAGAUUAUUUUGUAUGCCUAUUAAAGCGGAGGUUGCAGAGAGUCAUUUUAAAACGGAUUAUUGUAUGGAUUCGAGGAGAAGUUUCACCUUAUUCCGUUGUAACGACAAAAGUGGGUUCCAGAACCAGAUAAAUGAGAUUACGUCUUAUCUUGAUGCAAGUAUGGUUUAUGGAUCUACGGUGGCUGAGGAGAAGCAGCUCAGAACUGGAAUUGGUGGUUGGUUGGCUGAAAGCAGUAACAGAUUUCUGCCUAACUCCUCUCAUGCGUCUGACUUACCGUGCAAUUCAACUGACCCGAAUUAUAAAUUUUGCUAUGAAGCAGGUGACACAAGAGCAAACGUUCACCCAGGACUGACAAGUUAUCAUACAAUAUUUGUGCGGGAGCAUAACCGUAUUGCAACACUUUUUGCCGAAAUAAGACCCGAAUGGAGUGACGAUAGAAUUUACCAGGAGACGAGGAAAAUAAUAGGAGCACUUAUACAACGUAUUGUUUAUAACGAAUUGUUACCAGUUCUUUUCCGUCAAUCGGAGCUGGUCUCGUAUGGAGUUGCCACCAAUUACUCAUACAAUUCUUCCAUUGAUGCGUCGAUGACACAGGCGUUUUCAAUGGCAUACAGAUAUCACCAACUGAUGCCUGCGAAGCUGCAUUUGGCUGAGGAAGUGGCUUCUGAGGAAACACCGGUGGUGAAUUUUAAAGAGGAAAAUCAAGAAAAUGUUAUUAUGAGGCCAAAUUAUGUCAACAGAGAUAACUAUAAAGGAAUCGAUGAAAUUGCUCUUGGACUCUUGGUGAGCAAAUGCCCGUAUGUCGAUAGGGUAAUGAAUGAUGCUACAAGAAAUCUGCUAUUUUUGGAUAAAGACGGAAACUCUUUCGAUCUAGCUGCGUUGAACAUCAUGCGCGGUAGAGAAUGGGGCAUGCCAACAUAUACGUCUUACCGUGCAUUGUGUGGGCUCGGAAAUACAACGGCUUGGAGUGAUCUCUCAAACACAACACUACAAGAGGAUGUAGAUAAGAUGGCAUCGGUGUAUGCCGAUGUACGUGAUGUUGAUCUUUGGACGGGAAUAAUGACAGAAAAGAAGCUACCGGGCUCAAUUUCCGGUGCCACACAAACCUGUCUUUUAGCUAAGCAUUUUGCUAAUUUAAAGCACGGGGACAGGUUCUGGUAUGAAAAUCCAACAACUGGCUUUACAGGUGCUCAGCUACAGCAAAUACAGUCGAAAACAUUAGCAAGAGUGCUUUGUGACAAUCUUGGCGUAACGAAGAUGAGGCCAGAGGUGUUCCGAUCAAAUUCUGAUUGGGUAAGCUGUAGUCGAAUUCGUACACGAACAGGUGGAGAUUGGGACUUAAGCAGUUGGUAGACUGAACUAUAUUGAUAAAUCUCGAAAUUGAUUUUUGACAGACGGAAUAUCAAGAUUCGAUUCGAAAUUGGACUUACACAGCUGUUCGACUGAAAAAAAGAUUUAACUCUCGCUUAGUUUUGGACUUAAAUACACCCAUUCAAUAUCAGCAGACUAAUUUAAAUAUGUAUAAUACUUAUUUUCAUUUGCAAAAAAAAAAAAAAUGAAAAAAAAUUCUACUUUUAUAUGUUUCGAUAUAACGUUGACAUCUUAACAAACGAGUAUCUUUACUCUUAAUUGAAUAUAUAUAAAAAAAUGAUUUUCCAAGACAAUGUGUGUGGAAGAUCUUGCUGCAUUUUUGAUGACUUUUUCUUAUAUAUUGUGCUAUUUUAUUCUAUAUCUUGAAUGUAUUCACUACGCUCAAUACAAUCGCAUUAAACAACUUAAAA